AUCUCACCUCCUCUCCACCCCUUCUAUCUAUCGCUGCUGCCAGCCUCCAAAAAAGAGCGUAUCCGUGAGCAGUGCUGGCACUAUAUAGAAGACGGUAAGGUACAUAUAUGCUGAGAAUUCACGGUGGAUUUCCCUGACCAGGACCACUACUGAGCGACAGAGCCGACCAUGGAAGAACUUACGGCAUUCGUGUCGAAAUCUUUCGAUCAGAAAACCAAGGAGAGCAGCAAAGAGAGUAUCACGUACAGGGAAGUUUUGGAGAGCGGCUUGUCAAGGGCGAGGGAGCUGGGCAGCCCGGAGACAAACCUGCAGGACAUAACGGAGGGCAACCACUGCCCGGUGCAUCUGUUCAAGGACCAUGUCGAGCUGGAAAAGGACAAACUGAAGGACUUUAAUGUUUCGAGGUCGACAGAGGGGAUAUACGAGUGUAAGGAGAAAAAGGAGGACGUGAAGUCGGAGGACGAGGAUGCACAGGGCAAACUGAAGCAGCGGAGGAGUCGCACUAACUUCACCUUGGAGCAGCUCAACGAGCUGGAGCGGCUCUUCGACGAGACGCACUACCCGGACGCCUUCAUGAGAGAGGAGCUGAGCCAGCGGCUGGGACUGUCCGAGGCCAGAGUGCAGGUCUGGUUCCAGAACAGAAGAGCAAAAUGUCGAAAACAAGAAAACCAGAUGCACAAAGACAUCUUUCCGUUCUCUCCAGGUGUUAUUCUGGGCGGCGGCAGUCACCUCGACGCAUGCAGAGUAGCACCCUAUGUCAAUAUGGGCGCCCUCCGGAUGCCCUUCCAACAGGUCCAAGCCCAGCUCCAGUUGGACGGGGUCACCCACUCCCACCCCCACCUGCACCCUCACCUGGCUGCUCACGCUCCCUACCUGAUGUUCCCGCCCCCUCCCUUCGGACUACCAAUCGCAUCACUCGCCGACUCGGCCUCUGCAGCGGCGGCGGUGGCGGCGGCUGCCAAAAGCAACAGCAAGAACUCGAGCAUCGCCGACCUGCGACUCAAGGCAGGACUUCUGCGGGGCCAGUGGCUCAGUCCACUCCAGGCACAGAUCACAUCCCAAGGACCGUACAAACACAUGUGGAUGUCUGUCUGAGGGCCAGGCCGGGGCCCGUCAGACCAGAAGACGUUAGAACAAAGCAAACUGGCAGGGCAGCAGCAGGGCCAAAAAGCAGAGCCUCGCUGACGCUGGCUGCCGCCAUGUUGACAAUGCAGAGGGUUGAGCA